CGUUGACAGGCGCUGUCAAGCUACCCUAGGGCAAUUGCGACGUCUGCUAUACUCCUCCAACGGGGUGUACAACUGGAUGUGAAAAGACGCCGACCGUCCGUACGCAGCUCACUCAAUGGAUAUUCCGGUGGACGCGGAUUCCCCGGAGUCAGUGACGUUUUGGACGCUGGCAUACUACUUGGAGCAAGAGAGUAGCAUGUCAAAGGUCAGGGCAGGGGUGAAGUACUAUUUCGACUCGCAGACAUUCCAUAUUGGGAACGCACUCGACAUCCCUGAUUACUUGAGAAGGUGCUUGGAGAAGGCUGAGGAGACGAAAACUCCGUUCAUCGUGAUUCUGUCAAUUGUGGGAGAACCCCAAUGGCUUUCGGCAGCGCUGAGUUCGGCGCUGCCUGGAGUUUCUCACGGCUGGAUACAGGAUUUCCUCGAUUUUGAGACGGCGCGGCACAUGUGGGAGCGUGGCACGGUUGUGCUGCCGGUAUUUAAGAAAGCCAGAAAAGAUUUGCGCUUCUUCAUGCAAUACCCAGACGUGCGCUCAGACUGGCACUACGACUUCCAAAGCAGCCAUGACAUAGACGCAAAAAUCUCCUUCAGCCCCGUCGCCACAUACGUAGGCUCCUCGAGGUCCGAAGACAAUAACGAACAACAAGGCGAAUCCACUCCCAUCAUCGCACUCGCCUGCCGGGAUGCAAAAGUCGCAGACGCCCUGCAGCGGCACUGCGUAGCGGGCAACUGGAGCUGCGAACCGCUCUUCUCCUGCCCAGCGCGAAUCUUCGUGGACCUCUUCGCCCUCCUGGCAGAUUGGUCGAGAGUGUGGAGAUGCGCGCGGGAAGAAUUGGCUCUGCGGGACGCGCAACUGCAUGGAGGAGGAGGGGAGAAGGCAAAAGCACCGUCCGUGUUGCUGCAGACGAGGGCGCUGCAUAGGGAUACCGCCAAUGUGAUUGCGUUGCGGGAAGAAUUAAGGUUGCAUGUCAGUGCGUUUCAGCGGUUCGAGGCGCUGCUGCAGACGGCCCAGGUCUCGUCUUCCUGCACGAGGGUUUUUGGGGGUGGGGAAGAGGUUAGGGAUUUGCAGGAGCGGACGGCGGAUUGUUUGCAGAAUCUGGUGCAUCAUCAGGAGAGCUCUGGUGUUAUACAUCGGCAGUUGGAGAUUUUGUUGAGUUUGGCCUUCAACACCGAAACCGUCUCACAAGGACAAGCAGUAGCCCGCCUCAACGCACUCGCAUUCGGCUUCCUGCCACUGUCCUGGGUCGCCACGCUCUUCGGAAUGACCAACUUCGGCAUCUCCUCCGUAUGGUACCCGCUCUGGGCCUUUGUCGUCGCCGCCUUCGUUCUCCUCGGUUUCUACGCCCCCCGAGCCGUGCAGGAAUGGCAGAAAUUCGAAACGGCGCUUUCUGUCAAGAAGAUCCGCGCAUUCCUCUCAUUCAGGGAAGAGGAGAAAACCGAUGUCCAGGGUGUGAGGGAGAAAGCACCAUCUAGGAACCGCCUAACACGGCGGCGCCGAAACGACGGCUACUCUCCAGCGCCGCAACAAACCACGACCACCGACGCCCCCUCCUCACAACCUUAUCUCGACAUCGUUCCCGAACCCGACGCUUCCAUGCUGGCGAGUGCCGCCGCCGCUGCUGCUCCUACACCUGCUCCUACUUCUCGCCCGCGUUUCCGUUUGCCGCAACAUCCACCCGGCCAAUCGCGACUCGCACUCGCCCAGGUGAAACGAGGUAUCGAUCGGGGGAGACGCACGUUGCUGGUGCGGAAGCCGUCGCCGAUGAGUCAUUUGGCCGUCAAUAGGCCGAAGGGGGUUGGGUGGAGGGAGUGGAGGCGGGGGAUGAGGGAGAUGGAGAGGGGGGAUGGAUGA